AUGCCGAUCAAGCUCUACUUCCUCCAAGCCUCUAGGUCCAUCCGUACUGCCUGGCAAAUCAAUGAGCUUGGACUGGACUACGACGUCAACUUCUCCCCCCGAGAGAACGGAGUUGCUCCCGCAGCUUUCAAGCAGCAGGCCGGCGGAUUGGGCAAGUUCCCGACUCUUGAAGAUAACGGCGUUAUGUACUAUGAGAGUGGAAACAUAUGCGAGUACCUCUCCGAUGUGUACGAUACCCAGAACCGAUUGCUACCUCCGGUAGGCGACCCUGCCCGCUACAAAGUCCUUCAGUGGGUUCACGCCUCGGAAGCGACAUAUCUCCUCCACGGCCUUGCCGUCCUAUACGCGAAGUGGAACCAGAAAGACGGCGAUGUCCAGCAAACCAUCGCGGGUCUGAGUAAGAACAUGAUCAACGAUCUUAACUACUUGGAGUCGGAACUAGGGAAGAGCAAUGGGAAAUUCCUGCUUGGCGACAAGUUGACCGCGGCCGACAUCAUGAUGCACUUCUCUGCUCGGUUCAUAUUGGUCAGGGAACUGGGAACAAUGGGAAAGACAUGGCCGAAAAUUGAAGAGUGGUUGAAUAACUCUGAGGCAACAGCAUCGUACAAGGCAGCUGUGGAGAAGACCGGGCAUAAGUUGUAG